GAGGUUUUUGAUCAGGCGCGCGCCGCAGACAGCCUCUACCUCCAGGGGUCUUAGGCGGCCCAGGGCAGACCCGGGAGUCGCUGGAAGCGCAAGAUGGCGACGGCGGCCGCAGCGUCGGCUUCGGAACCCGAGACCAAUCCCAAGGCGGGGCCCGAGGCUGAGGGCGAGGAGGACGAGGCGAAGGCGGACAGGACGAGGAGGAAGGUGCUAACGCGCGCCGUGGCCACGGCGGCCUACAAGGCCAUGGGGCCUGCGUGGGACGAGCAGCGGGAGGAAGGCGUGAGUGAGAGCGAUGGAGACGAGGAGUUCGCCAUGGCCUCCUCGGCGGAGAGCUCCCCCGGCGAGGACGAGUGGGAGGACGACGAAGAGGAGGAGAAGAACCAGCUGGAGAUUGAGCGGCUGGAGGAGCAGCUGUCUAUCAACGUCUAUGACUACAACUGCCACGUGGACCUGAUCAGGCUGCUACGGCUGGAAGGGGAGCUCACCAAAGUGAGGGUGGCCCGCCAGAAGAUGAGUGAGAUCUUCCCUUUGACAGAAGAGCUCUGGCUGGAGUGGCUGCACGAUGAGAUCAGCAUGGCCAUGGACGGCCUGGACCGAGAGCACGUGUACGACCUCUUUGAGAAAGCCGUGAAGGAUUACAUAUGUCCAAACAUUUGGCUAGAGUAUGGCCAGUACUCAGUCGGUGGGAUUGGUCAGAAAGGUGGCCUGGAGAAAGUCCGCUCUGUGUUUGAAAGGGCUCUCUCGUCUGUCGGCUUACAUAUGACCAAAGGACUGGCCAUCUGGGAGGCUUACCGGGAGUUCGAAAAUGCGAUUGUGGAAGCUGCCCGGCUGGAGAAAGUGCACAGUCUCUUCCGGCGACAGUUGGCAAUCCCACUCUACGAUAUGGAGGCAACAUUUGCAGAGUAUGAAGAGUGGUCGGAAGACCCAAUACCCGAGUCGGUAAUUCAGAGCUAUCACAAAGCGCUACAGCAGUUGGAGAAAUACAAACCUUACGAGGAAGCACUGUUGGAAGCAGAGGCUCCCAGGCUGGCCGAAUAUCAAGCAUACAUCGAUUUUGAGAUGAAAAUCGGCGAUCCUGCUCGCAUUCAGUUGAUCUUUGAGCGUGCCCUGGUUGAGAACUGCCUGGUUCCAGACUUAUGGAUCCGUUACAGUCAGUACCUAGACCGGCAGCUGAAAGUAAAGGAUUUGGUUUUAUCUGUACAUAAUCGUGCUGUUAGAAACUGCCCCUGGACAGUUGCCCUGUGGAGCCGGUACCUCUUGGCCAUGGAAAGACACGGAGUUGACCAUCACGUGAUUUCUGUGACCUUCGAGAAAGCUUUGAGUGCUGGCUUCAUUCAGGCCACGGACUAUGUGGAGAUUUGGCAAGCAUACCUUGAUUACCUGAGGAGAAGGGUUGAUUUCAAACAAGACUCCAGUAAAGAGCUGGAAGAGUUGCGGUCCGCCUUCACUCGUGCUUUGGAGUAUCUGAAACAGGAGGUGGAAGAACGUUUCAAUGAGAGUGGGGAUCCAAGCUGCAUGAUCAUGCAGAACUGGGCCAGGAUCGAGGCUCGACUGUGUAAUAACAUGCAGAAAGCUCGGGAGCUCUGGGACAGCAUCAUGACCAAAGGAAACGCCAAGUAUGCCAACAUGUGGCUUGAGUAUUACAACCUGGAAAGGGCACACGGCGACACCCAGCACUGCAGGAAGGCUCUGCACCGGGCCGUCCAGUGCACCAGUGACUACCCAGAGCACGUCUGUGAAGUGCUGCUCACCAUGGAGAGGACAGAAGGUACUUUAGAAGAUUGGGAUAUAGCUGUCCAGAAAACCGAAACUCGAUUAGCCCGUGUCAAUGAGCAGAGAAUUAAGGCUGCGGAGAAGGAAGCCACCCUCGCCCAGCAGGAAGAGGAGAAGGCUGAGCACCGGAAGAGGGCCCGGGCUGAGAAGAAAGCGCUGAAAAAGAAAGUAGCCAGAGGCGCAGAGAAGCGCAAAGCAGAUGAGGAUGCCGAGAAAGAGUGGGGCGGCGACGAAGAAGAGCAGCCUUCCAAGCGCAGGAAGCUUGAGAACAGCGUUCCAGCAGCUGCAGAAGCAGCACCAGACCUGGAAGAGGAAAUGGGGCUCUUUGGGAAAAGCGCAUCUGCAGACGUCACCGCCCCCUCAAAGCAGAAGGAGAGGGCUGCCACCGCCCUGAAGAGGGACGUGCCCAAGGUGCCCCACGACAGCAGCAAGGACAGCGUCACCGUCUUUGUCAGCAACCUGCCCUACAGCAUGGAGGAGCCGGACAUGAAGCUGCAGCCGCUCUUUGAGGCCUGUGGGGAAGUGGCCGAGGUCCGCCCUAUCUUCAGCAACCGGGGCGAUUUCCGAGGCUACUGCUACGUGGAGUUCAAGGAGGAGAAGUCUGCCCUGCAGGCGCUGCAGUUGGACCGGAAGAAUGUAGGCGGGAGGCCAAUGUUCGUUUCCCCUUGUGUGGAUAAGAGCAAAAAUCCUGACUUUAAGGUGUUCAGGUACAGCACUGCCCUGGAGAAGCACAAGCUGUUUAUCUCGGGCCUACCCUUCUCCUGCACUAAAGAGGAACUCGAAGAGAUCUGUAAGGCUCAUGGCACCGUGAAGGACAUCAGGCUGGUUACCAACCGGGCUGGCAAACCAAAGGGCCUGGCCUACGUGGAAUACGAAAGUGAAUCCCAGGCAUCACAGGCUGUCAUGAAGAUGGAUGGCAUGACGAUCAAAGAGAAUGUCAUUAAAGUGGCCAUCAGCAACCCCCCUCAGAGGAAAGUUCCAGAGAAGCCAGAAGCAAGGAAAGGACCAGGUGGCCCCAACGUACCCCGGCAGACAUAUGGAGCGCGGGGGAAGGGGAGGACCCAGCUCUCUCUGCUGCCUCGCGCCCUGCACCGCCCCAGCACCACCGGAGCUCAGGCUGAGAAUGGCCCUGCCCUGAAGCCAGCGGUCACCACCUCAGAGGCCACUGAGGCGCCCAAGAUGUCCAAUGCUGAUUUUGCCAAGCUGCUUCUGAGAAAGUGAACGGGACUCAGAGAAGGGAGAUGCCUUACUUCAUGCUGGCCGGGAGGACACCAUCUCCCAGCUGUACCCGGGUACGGAAGGGCCCAAGCAGCGCGGUUUCCCCUGGUGUAGACAGAAAGGGAACGGGUGUCCGAGCAGAGAGGCUUCACAUGUUCCCUCACAUUGAGGGUGGCAGCAGGAAAACAGUCACUCCAUGGCUGGGCACCAGGUAUAGUUUCUAAGGUAUUUUUUGUCUUUAAGAGAAAUGGGAGUGAAACUUGGACACACCAUUUUGAGACACACUUGUCCAACUGUUUCAGCCAACUCAGGCCCCUUCUUAUAAGACACUUCUCUUACACUCUGUAUAGUCCAUAUGCCCGUCACUCUUUUAAUUUUUAAAAGACAAAACGGCAAAUGCUAGUAAUACACCAGAAUGGCCUAUUUUAGUAAAGGGGUGGGGAUAGGGCCAGUCACCUACAAAAUAUUUGGUGGGUUUUUGUUUUAGGGGCUGUGCGUUUUUAUAUUAUGUAUUUGUAAAUGAUAUGUCAACCAUUGUUUUAUGUUUCCUCAAAGCAAAAUAUCUGACAUUUGUUUUCUAUAGGAAUUCUGUGUGCCACCUGCUGUGGACCAUUUCUUUGCCUAGUGAAUAGUGGACUGUGUUGUUCUUUGUCUAAAUACUGAGUUUCAGCCCUUGCGUUUUGUUUAAAUACCAUGUCAAGUGUGGACUUAAAUUUUCCUCAUUUAGCUUUGUUUAUUAAACUGAAGUUCUCUUAAGAACCUCUCGCAGAAUGGUA